GGUAGUGAUAGAAGCAUACGGCACCAGGAGUAGCAGCAGAAGUAAACUGCAGCAGGAAUUACAAAGAACAGACUAGACUAACGCGUGAGCGACAGGUAACCCUAAAUUCCGGAGAGCACCUGAAGGCGUCAAUCUGCCGGGCAGCUGGAUAGUUUCGGUUAGCUCAGAAAAAGCAGUGCCAACCAUGAGAUAGCAGUAAUUUGACACACAGGUCGCCCCUGCGGAACCACGCGGAUUAAAAGAAUUAACAGGCGAAGACAGGUGGAUUUACUCUGAACCUGGACCGAGUCUAAAGGUCCAGAGUCACUGUUGUCCGAGCAAAUAAUCGUUAACGUCCUGAUUGCGUCCUGAAACGCGGCGUAAUUCCGCCUCCAAAGUCGAUCCUGAAUGUCUAAACUACCGGGAAAUGCAGGUGUGUCGGUGCUCGGGGACAAGUCGCUGGAGUUUUACCGGGACCCGGUGAGCUUCUGCCGGCAGAGGAUCGAGAAACACGGGAGCAGAGUGUUUCAGUGCCGGCUGCUGAACAGACCGACCGCCUUCCUCUGCUCCGUGCAGGGGAUGAGAGAGCUGCUGUGUGAGAAGUCCAACUUGUUUCUGAAGGAUCCAACUGACCUGAUGACCAACGUGUAUGGCGACACCGUCGUCACCACUAAUGGUGAGGAGGCGUGUCUCCUCCGUCUGUCUCUCACCAGCCUGUUCACAGGAAGCUGUUUGGAAUCAUCCAGCGAUUUCAUCACCAGUGUAUGCGAGCGCCGUCUGAAGGACCUCUCUCUCAGUGGCCAGCCGGAGCGUGUGUACUCCGCCUUCAAGCGUCUCGGGACAGAGUUGGUGUUGGGCCUUUUCCUGAAUGUGCGAGCGGAGGAGCAGCCUGAACUUUACCAGGAAAUCGUGCGGCUCUGCACCCAGCACUGGCACGGUCUGAUCUCUGCUCCGGUGAACGUGAAGGUUCCUCUUUGGUCGUCAGGCCUCUCCACCGCCCUGGACGCCAGAGACAAACUGAUGGACAUCAUCAAAGAUAAACUGGAGAAUGACUCACAGGGUUUUGUCGGCUCUCUUGGCUCUUUGCCGCUGCCCGACUCCAGCUCUGCCUCCCAGCAUCUCCUGCUGUUCAUCUCGGCUUUGAUCCCCAAAGCUCUGGCAUCGCUGCUCACCUCCUUCACGCUGGCACUCAGUGGAAACGAACAGGAGAAGACACGUCGGCGAGCAAUGGAAGACCCUGAUUACCUGCAUGGAGUACUGCUGGAGGUCCAGAGACUGUGGCCUCCUUUCAUCGGUGGACGCAGAAUAGCUGAUCAGGACUCCACCCUGGCAGGGUUCCAUGUCCCAAAGGGUUACGGCGCGAUCUAUAUCAGCCACGCUGUCCACCGCGACCCAGAGGUGUUCCAGCAGCCGGACAACUUCCUGCCGGAGAGAUGGAGCGGAAGGAAUGCAGGCCAGGAGCACUUCUUGUGUUCCUUCGGCAGCGGGCCCAGAUGCUGCAUUGGAGUUAAACUCACCGACAUCUUCCUCAAGGAAGCGUGCAUGUACCUGUUAAAGCACUACAACUGGUGUUUGGACCCUCCAUCACAGGACCUUGAGUACAAAUGGCUGCCCGUGUCUCGCCCGGCCAACCCCACCACCAUCUCCUUCACCCGACUGGAUCAGACCAGAUCUGACAGAGCAACACCGGCUAGGCAUGCACAGUAUGUUUAGUGAUGUACCUGCUGAUGAUUUGGGGUGGGGUGGGGGAAGCACUAAACACUGCAGCUUGAGGCCAUUGCAGAGAAAUGGAAAAUAUGUAAACACGCACACACACACACACACACACACACACACACACACACACAGAGGGAAGCCGGCAAACUGCGAAGCUUUUCCCCUGCUGCGUAUAAUACAGUAAUCGUCCCGGGGAAAGCCGAGGAGUGUGCUGGUUUCACUCUGUGUGUUCUUCUGCCAGAUAUUCUGCAGCGUUCCUUGAUGAAUCUGCAACACAAGACAAAAAUAAAUGACUCAUUCCUCCAUUGUUGAAUCUGACUCUGCUCGACAGCAAUUUAUGGUCUGUUUUAUAAUGUGUCAUUUAUUACAGUUUAAAAAGAUUCACCAUGGAGCUCUCUGGCUCACUGACCCUGUCUUCAGACAUCGCUUUGAGGUUGAAUGAGAUGCACCUUUUUUAUGUUGGUGUUUUUUUUGGGAACAUAAAUUGAAAUUACCUCCAGAACGGCAGCUUUCAUGUUGUACAAAACACUGCAGUAUCAAUAUCCAAACCAAAUAAAUCCAAAGGAACACACACACACACACACACACGUGCACACGCAGAGGUAAGCCCUCAGAUUCCAUCACUGACUGCAAACCUGUCUCCCCUCCCCCCUCCACCACCUAGCAACCACCACUGCUUAGCAACAGUUCGUCAUACCAACACUGACUUGCUUCCUUUUAGUAUGCAAGUCUCACACACGUGCACACACACACACACUAACCUGGUUAUUUUUUCUGAAAGCAGUUGCCAGAUAUACGCAUGCCAUCUGAAUCACAUGAUGCCAGAAGGCGUUUCAGAGCACACAGCUAAAUUUUAAAUGAUAGCAACCUGAAUGAUUUUUAGCACAUGAAUCAUAAACUAACACAUAUUCUGUGUUGGCGACAAAAAUUUGUUUUAACUUUUUAUUUAUUAAUAUUCAAGUGUAGUACACAUUCUUUGUAUUCUAUCAUAUAUUGUGUAUGUGUCUUUCUUAGUAAUUUAAAUGCUUUAAUUGUUUUAUAAUUGCAAUUGUCAUCUUGUCAUGCAAAUGUACAUUUUUUGAGACUGUAUGACAUCUCAACUAUCAUAUCACAUUGUUGCCUUGUGAGGCUGUGUGCUAUAUGUAAAAAAAAUGUUUUUUCUUUCA